AAAGGCGGCAAGAACUUGCGGUUGCGGUAGAUAGUAGAAUUAUAUAAGCAGCAAAGCCGACCAAGCCACUCUGGAGUCUGGAGUAGGAGCAGUAGUAGCAUUUCAGCGUGUAUAAAAAGUCAAGAAGCUUCCCCUCUCGACGCUUGUUAGCUCAGCUCCGACUCCAACCACCGUCGACCUCACCGCCCGGAAAUCUAUGGCCUACACCUCCUCCCUCCACCUCUCCAAGCACCUCCUCCUCCCCAAGCCCCACCGCGCCAGACCUUCCUCCUCCAGGUCGCCGUCCUUCGUCCGGGCGGCCAGGGCCGUCAACGGCGCCCCGCACGUAAACGGGCACUCCAAGAAAGCGCCCAACGGCAAGGUACAGAUCAACGGCGCCGGCGCCGACGGCAAGAAGGGGCCCGGCGUCAUAAACGGGAAGACGCACGUGAACGGCCAUGACCGGAUCCACCUGUCGGUGACCACGGGCGGAGGGGGCCAGGACGGGACGGGCCUCCGCGUGGCGUACCAGGGCGCGCCGGGCGCGUACAGCGAGUUCGCGGCCAAGACGGCGCUGCCCGGGUGCGAGACCGUGCCGUGCCGGGCCUUCGCGGACGCGCUGGCGGCCGUGGACCGCGGCCUGGUCCACCGGGCGAUCCUCCCCGUGGAGUCCACCAUGGAGGGCACCGCGCUGCGGAACUACGACCUCCUGCUGCGGCACGACCUGGUGGUGGCGCAGGAGAUCAACCUCUUCGUGCACUACUGCCUCCUCGCCAUGCCCGGGGUGCGCGCCACCGAGGUGCGCCGGGUCAUCAGCCACCCCAUGGCGCUCGCGCACUGCGGCCGCGCCCUCGCGCGCCUCGGCGUCGACCGCGAGCCGGUCGAGGACACGGCCGGCGCCGUCGAGAUGCUGCGGUCCAACAUGAUGCUCGACACGGCCGCCAUCGCCAGCCCGCGCGCAGCCGACCUCUACGGCCUCGACGUCCUCGCGCACGGCCUGCAGGAUGAGUCCUGGAACGUCACACGCUUCCUGCUGCUCUCUAAGCCGCCGUCGCCGGUCCCGGUCCCCGUGGACGCGGACGCCAAGACCAGCAUGGUGGUCGCGCACCGGGGCGGGUCCAUGGCGGUGGUGCUCAAGGUGCUCUCCGCUUUCUCCUCCCGCAACAUCAACAUGUCCAAGCUGGAGGUCAUCAACAACGAAGGGGGCGUCGGCGAGCCGCGGCCGCCGGUGAUGAUCCUGGACACGGGCGCCCGCGGCGCGCCAACGUUGCGCGCGUUCCCGCACGUCCUCUACGUGGACUGCGAGGGCGCCGCCGACGACCCGCUCGUCCGCGAGGCCAUCAAGGAGAUCGAGAAAUUCGCCGUGUUCGUCCGAGUUCUUGGCUGCUACGCCGCGGACACCAACGUCUACGAUCUGCAAUGAGGAGAACAGAAGAGUGAUCCUCCCAUCAUAGUAGUGCAAGUGAAGUGAUGGAAUUAGCUAGUUCGACACAGUCGAAUUGGAACUGGAAUUGGACCUGGAAAUUUCCAUUAUAGCACUCGAGCAGUGCAUUCGCUGCUCAGCUGCCGCUACGCACUGGUAUUUGUGUACAGAUGCAAUAAGACUCUUUCUUCUCUGCUGGUCUAGCUGUGUGAUAGGUGUAAAAUUGCUGCUGAGGCCUGAUGCAGUAACAAAAGGAUGUGUAAGAUAGCAUUAUAAUUUUACAUGAUUGUUGUAAUUUUGUUGUGCUAGAUCUGAGGGUAGAGUAUGUCGUGUCACUGCUCCCUUCCUUGUGCAUCUCGGUGUUCAACUUGUAGAGUACAGACCUUGGCACAUUGAAGACUCUGGCUGUUCUUUCCAAUAGCACAAGUAGGAUUAUGAAUACUCUGUAUCGAUACAGGAAUUUGUGCAAUAUUAGGAUGGUGUGAUCUGUAUACGAGCUGAACUGUAGAGUUUGUAGUACUUUUGUGCAAAACAAAUAUGUUGAGUACCAUAAUUGUUUAGAAAA